AUGAAUGUGUUCGAAUCUUUGAAGAGCAGCGGUGUUGAGCUGAACAGCGUCGUCUACAAUACGGUCCUCGACGCUUGCGUGGAAUGCUCCAAGCUGGAGAAGGCUGAGGCCUGGAUGGAGCAGAUGAAGAAGGACGGCAUUUCCGACGUUGUCAGCUACAACACCCUCAUCAAGGCCCACCUGCAGGCUGGGCACAUGAGCAAAGCCAGAGCUUUGGUUGAAGAGAUGCGGGUUGCGCAACUUCAGCCGAACUGCAUCACCUUCAACGAGAUUGUGAACGCCACCGUGUCAAGCAGUGACAGGAGGGUCCGUGGUGAGGUGUGGAAGGUGAUCCAGGAAAUGCAGGCGGCAGGCGUCAAACCAAAUCAGGUCACCUGCUCCAUCUUGCUGAAGAACUUGAAUGGCUCUUCCCCAGAGUCGGACAUCAACCAGACGAUGCAGCUGAUCAACAACAUGGAGGAGCAGCUUGAUGAGGUCUUGCUCUCUUCGGUAGUUGAAGCCUGCGUUCGCAUCGGCAAGCCGGAUCUUCUCAACACCAAGCUGAGGCAGCUGAUGUCCGGUGACAUCAAGGUGAACGGCUCUCACACUUUUGGCAGCCUGAUCAAGGCUUACGGACAUGCCCGCGAUAUGACGUCAGUCUGGCGCUGCUGGAAGGAGAUGCGGACUCGCCACAUCAAGCCCACCAGCAUCACGGUCGGCUGCAUGAUCGAGGCUGUGGUGUCCAACGGAGACCCGGAUGGAGCUUGGCAUCUGAUCCAAGAGCUUGGGGAGGAUCCUCACUGCAAGGGCAUUCUGAAUGCCGUGAUCUACUGCUCCGUGCUGAAGGGCUUCACCAGGGAGAAGAAUGCUUCCAGAGUCUGGGCGGUCUAUGAGGAGAUGCAGAAGCGCAACAUUGAUCUGUCAAUUGUCACCUACAACACGCUUCUGGAUUGCUGUGCCCGCUGCUGCCGCAUGGAUGGAGUGCCUGACAUCCUGGCAGACAUGAAGAAGGCCAACAUCAAGCCGAACAUCAUCACGUACAGCACCAUGCUGAAGGGUCACUGUCAAGUUGGUGAUCUUUCGGCAGCCUUCAAGCUGGUCAAGGAAAUGAGGGAAGAGGCAGGUUUGGUGCCGGACGAGAUCAUGUACAACUCCCUCCUUGACGGCUGUGCGCAAAGCAGUCUGGUCGACGAAGGUUUGCGCGUGCUGAAGGAGAUGGAGGAGGCUGGUGUCAAGCCGAGCAACUUUACCCUGUCUGUGCUGGUGAAGCUGAUGAGCCGAGCUCGUCGAGUGGACCAAGCCUUCGAACUUGUUGGCCUCUCAGUGAUUGGAUCUGGGAGUUCCUACCAACCACAUUUUUUUGUUGUGUGCUUAGUAAAGAGAUGUAUUUUCGCAGGUACCUACGGUCACACCAAUUAG